CUCCUCCCCAGAACCCCACUCUAUUAUCCCCAAUUCUUUCCUUUGCUCUCACUCCCUGAGAAAUCUUGGUGUGCACCCCUUCACUACCACCCUCUCCCCUCCCCAGAAGAUGAGCUCACAGACUGUGGAUUCAGGGCUCAGCUCUGUGUUCCAGAGAGGUCUUUGACUUCCCAGGUGGAACCUGAACUGAAAUCAGGUGUUCAUUGCCUAGGACCAGACAAGCUGCCAGGUCAAAUGGUAAGGCCUUUCAGGGAGAGUUUAACAAUUGAGGGAGAUCUACGGAUGCCAGAGUUUUUGGAUGGAUGGAGGAAACUGGUCAUGCUCCUGGAACCUCUGGGCACCCUCUUUUCCUUUGCCACUCAGGAAGCCUCCGCAAAACUCUCAGUCCUCGAGUCUUAUUCCCAAGGCCCCUACUCCAUCCAUUAUCAUACCUUCUCUGCCAUGGCUGACUGGGAGCAGGAUUCCUCUGAACCCUCUUCUGGUCUCCGAACUUUGGUGCUUCUGCAUCGAGCCCUGCGGUGGGCCCAGCUCUGCCUGGGCAGCAUCGCCAGAGUUCAGAAUACAGACAUAGGGGCUCUGUGUGGGAAAGCCUAUCAAAGGGUGCUAGGUCCCCACCACCCAUGGCUGAUCCGACAGGCAGCAAAUCUAGCCUUUCUUGCAUUCCCUAGACAGAGCCAGCUACUGGCAAUGGUAUGCCCAGGAGCCAAUGAACAGGAGGCCCAAGAGGCCCUAUCUGAGGUAGCUGAUAUGUUAGAGGCUGUCUACAACCGCACCCAAGGACUGCUGACUGAAAGGGGACUGCUAAUAGGAGGAGUUACUCUGAAGUCUAGCAGGGGUGGGUAGUAGGGCCACUGGGAAAACUCUGGGCUCCUAGACUGAAUGGUAGAAGAAGGGAAAUGACUGCGAGCAGCACUCUCCCAUAGUGACACAUCCUUAGAGUCCUGAUGAACCAAGAAAACUCUUAAAUCUUCCUCUGCAUCUUUCAUGACUAUCAGAUAGAAGAUGGAGGUAGGGUAAAUAAAAAUUUUUUGCAACUGUCAUUACAAAGAGUGAAUCGUAUGUGUUUCUAUAAGCAGAAACAAUUGGGAAUAACAAUCUACAUUUCUUCUGAGUUUAAAAGAAAUACUUCAAUGAUCCUCCUUUAUUUUUGUCAAUCAUAUUCCUAGCUCUUCUCUUCCCUUUCAAUUUUCCUUCACUAAAAAUAAAAAUAAAACUAAAACCUUUGCAAUAAAUACACAUGGUAAAAUAAAACAAA